GCCGGGAGCGGGGUGAGGAGGACCCGGUGCCUGUGCUGGGGAUCCGUAGGUGUUUUACAAACCCACGUUAUUUUCAGGGAAAACAUCCAUUGCAAAAGAUUAUUUACGUGUCCCAGCUUUAUAAUGCCUUCAACUGUUUUUAUGUAAUACAAACGAAGUAGCAAGGGCGCGACUUUGAAAAUGGACACCUCUGGAGCCUAUAUGCAGAUUUUACUCUUACUUUGAAAUGUCUUCACUCCAAUGGAAGUGCAGCAAUCCUACCCACCUGCUGCAGGUGCCAGGCUGUGGAUCAUGCAAAAUGCCAGAACCCGGCAGCUUAAACUCUGGGGAGGAAACCUCUUGCAGUCAGAUUUGUUUGGUAAUUGCAUUUUCUGAAGUCGUAAUGCACUGCCUCAUCCCUCUUAAAGCUUUGGCAGAGUACCGACUUCUGUAAAUCGCUGACCUAAUUAGUCAUGACAGCUGUUUGUUUAGUAGAGCCUCUGACGCUACCAGAACUACCCUUCUGAAACCAUCUUCUCAAGUAAGGGGUUUGUCCAGAUCUGAAGAAAUACAGAAAUAUCAACGUCCUGGUACAGGCUUGAUUGUGCUUGGGUAGGUCAUGCUGGAUAUUUGGGGGGAUUUUUAUUCAUGAGUCCUUAAACUCGCAGAUUGAGCCAUUCUGUAUCAAGCAGGGGAUUAAAACAAUCUCCUUACAACUGAGCAGCGUUACUCUGCGACUGCUAACUGCAUCUAAGAUAUGUGUUUCUUUGCUGCCAAGCUGAACAUUCCUUCAGAAACCUUUCUCUUUCAGCAGUGCUCACAGAUGAGCCAUCCCAAGCCAACACUGAUUUUAUGAGCAGGGUCUGCCUGUAAAGAGUGAAGAUAGAUCUCCAUCCACCAUGACUAAUCACUCCAGAAGUUCACGUACCUCCUCAGACCAAGUGGAGUUCUCCACACCUUAUUACUAGGUUAACCAGAAGUAUUGAUGCAGAAGAAUGAACUUUUUUAGGCAAGUCAGACUUCUACUCUGGAAGAACUGGAUCCUUCGGAAAAGACAAAAGUUUCGUUUUCUAGUGGAGCUUUUAUGGCCUCUGUCAUUGUUUCUUGCACUUGUCUGGCUGAGGAAAGCUAAUCCUCCAUAUCGCCAUCAUGAAUGUCACUUCCCAAACAAGGCAAUGCCAUCAGCAGGAACACUGCCAUGGUUGCAUGGCAUCUUCUGUAACAUGAACAAUCCCUGUUUCCGCAGCCCAACCCAUGGAGAGGGUCCAGGUGUAGUGUCCAACUACAAAAAUUCCAUCCUUGCAAGGGUAUAUAAAGAUGUUCAGGAGCUUUUACUGGAAACCCCUGAAAUCCAUGACCUUGGAAGAAUCUGGGAAGAAGUGAUCAUUAUGACUCAGUUUAUGGAAACAAUGAGAACUAAUCCUGAAAGAAUUGCAGGAAGAGGAAUACGAAUUCUAGACAUUUUGAAAGAUGGGGAGACCCUCACUUCCUUCUUGCUAGAAAAUGUUGGCCUCACAGAUUUUGUUGUUUACCAGCUUAUUAAUGCUCAAGUGCGCCCUGAACAGUUUGCCUAUGGUGUUCCCAGCUUGACUCUGAAGGACAUUGCUUGCAGUGAGGUGCUCCUGGACCGCUUUAUUAUCUUCAGCAGCCGAAGAGGUCUCCCUUCUGUACACAAGGCCAUGUGUGCCCUGUCCCAGGACAGUCUACAAAGAGUAGAAGAUGCCUUGUAUGCAAAUGUGGAUUUCUUUAAGCUAUUUCGGCUGCUUCCCACUGUGUUGGACAGAAACUCACCAGGUGCUGACCUGAAGGCCUGGGGGAGGGUGCUGUCUAAUGUCUCCCAAGCCGUGCAAAAGCUGGCCAGGAAGCCAAGUGUUCAGGACCUUUUGAGGGUUCUGCAACCAUUUCUACAAGAUGGAAGGCCAGAAUCCUUAGGCCACUUGAUGAGUUCCCUGUCGGAUCUUUUCUGUGGCUACCCAGAGGGAGGUGGAUCCAGAGUUCUUUCCUUCAACUGGUAUGAAGAUAACAACUACAAAGCUUUCCUGGGGAUUGACUCAACAAGGAAGAAAUCUGGUUAUCUUUAUGAUAAUACAACCACACCCUUUUGUAAUGCAUUGAUCCAGAACUUGGAAUCAAACCCUUUAACCAAAAUAGCCUGGCGUGCUGUGAAGCCCCUGCUGAUGGGAAAAAUUCUCUUUGCUCCUGAUUCACCUCCUGUACGGGAAAUUGUAAAAAAUGCAAACUUCACUUUUGAGGAGCUCGAACGCCUCCAAUUGUUGACCAAAGCUUGGGAGGAAGUAGGACCUCAGCUGUGGUACUUCUUUCAAAACAGCCUGCAAAUGAAUAUGAUCCGUGAGUCUCUGAAACAUCCUACAGUGAGAGACUUCCUGAACAGCCAGAUGGGUGCGGAAGGCUUCACAGCAGAACAUAUCAUCAACUUUCUGCACAACGGGUCUUCAAGGAGCCGGGAGAAGGGAAUGGUGGACUUUGACUGGCGAAACAUCUUCAGCGCUGUAGACCAAGUUCUGCGUUUGCUCCGUCAGUAUUUGGAGUGUUUGACCUUGGAUAAAUUUGAAGGUUAUCUCGAUGAAACUCAGCUGACUCGUCAAGCCCUUUAUCUGCUGGAGGAAAACAAAUUAUGGGCUGCUGUGGUUUUUUCAGACUUGGAACCCACAGCCAGCAGUCUCCCACCACACGUGACAUACAAGAUCCGAAUGGACAUAGAUGCAGUGGAGAAAACAAACAAAAUCAAAGACAGGUACUGGGAUCCUGGUCCAAGAGCUGAUCCUGUUGAUGAUUUACGUUAUAUCUGGGGAGGCUUUGCAUAUCUCCAGGACAUGAUUGAGCAUGGGAUUAUAAAGACCCAGACCAACACUGAAGUGCCAUUGGGAAUUUAUCUGCAGCAAAUGCCAUAUCCGUGUUUUGUGGAUGAUGUCUUCAUGAUCACCUUAAACCGCGCCUUUCCCAUCUUCAUGGUGCUAGCUUGGAUAUAUUCAGUCUCCAUGAUGGUGAAGAGUAUAGUGCUGGAGAAGGAAAUGCGUCUGAAAGAGGCUAUGAAGAACAGGGGCAUAACCAACGGAGUGAUUUGGUGCACGUGGUUCCUAGACAGCUUUUCCAUGAUGGCUGUGAGCACAUUCCUCCUCACAGCUCUGAUUAUGCAUGGACAAGUGCUACAUUAUAGCAAUCCACUUCUGUUCUUUCUAUUCCUCCUGGCAUUCACCACAGCCACCAUAAUGCAAUGUUUCUUGUUCAGCACCUUCUUCUCCAAAGCAAAUCUGGCAGCUGCCUGCAGUGGAGUCCUCUACUUCACCUUGUACCUGCCCCACAUCGUCUGCUUUGUCUGGCAAGACCGUCUGACUGCUAAUCUGAAGAUCCUAGCAAGUUUGCUUUCUCAAGUAGCUUUUGGGUUUGGUACAGAAUACUUGUCACGCUAUGAAGAACAAGGUCUUGGCCUACAGUGGGGUAACAUCAGAACCAGUCCCUUGGAAGGAGAUGAAUAUAGUUUUCUUUUUUCCAUUAACAUGAUGGUUUUUGAUGCUUUUCUCUAUGGAAUACUUUCUUGGUAUCUUGAUAACGUUUUUCCAGGGGACUAUGGGUUACCACAGCCUUGGUAUUUCCCUGUGCUGGAAUCCUAUUGGCUUGGCUCCAGAAGCCCAGAAGCUGAGAAAACAGCAACUGCUGAUGAAAAAAGUCCAGAGUCCGAAGGUUGUGUGGAUCAGAAGACCAUGGAAAGGGAAAAAAAUGGAAGCAACUCAAAUAAAUCUGAAGAAGCUGAAAAAACAGAAGAAAAGAGUGACGGCCAGGGGAAGAAGGAUGGUAAAAACAAACAAUGUAAACACAAACGAGAAAAAGAACCCGGCGAGCAGGGGAAGCCUAAGACAGAUGUCCAGGACAAAGAUGAAAUUAAUAUAAAUACCUUCUUUGAGCCCGAGCCAGCAGGAUUGAUUCCAGGAGUGUGCAUUCAGAACCUGGUGAAGAUUUUUGCAAACAGGCCCAAACCAGCAGUAGAUGGGAUAAAUAUUACUUUUUAUGAGGGUCAGAUCACAGCCUUCCUUGGUCACAAUGGAGCAGGAAAGACAACUACCAUGUCCAUAGUGACAGGCCUCUUCCCUCCCACGUCUGGAACUGUGCUGGUUGGCGGCCUGGACAUCCAGACUCACAUGGACUCCAUUCGGCACAGAUUAGGGAUGUGCCCUCAGCACAACAUCCUGUUCAAUCACCUUACUGUAGCAGAGCACAUUUUGUUUUAUUCUCAACUGAAAGGAAGAUCCAGGGAAGAAGCUGAGCAAGAGCUGGAAACAAUGCUAGAAGACAUGGGCCUCACCCAUAAAAGAAAUGAAGAAGCUCAGAAUUUGUCAGGUGGAAUGCAAAGGAAACUGUCUGUUGCCAUUGCUUUUGUGGGUGAAGCAAAAGUGGUAGUCUUGGAUGAGCCCACUUCAGGAGUUGAUCCAUAUUCCAGGCGAUCUAUCUGGGAUCUUCUGCUGAAAUAUCGACCAGGCAGAACUAUUAUCCUGUCGACCCAUCAUAUGGAUGAGGCAGACAUCCUUGGAGACAGAGUAGCCAUCAUAUCCCAAGGGAAACUCUUCUGCUCAGGCUCUCCUGUAUUCCUAAAGAACUGUUUUGGCUCUGGCUUUUAUCUCACCCUUGUUCGCAAAAUGAGAACCACAAAAAUGGGAAGGGCUACAUCAUUUUGUAGCUGUGGAUCUCAGUGCUCCUGCUCCUGCUCCAGCUGUGUGCACAGGGGUGAAGAAGGAGCUCCAGAGCUGGAACUGGAUGGAGAUCUGAAUGAGCUAGCAGAAGUAAUCCACCAUCAUAUCCCAGAAGCAAAAUUAAUUGAAAGCAUUGGUCAGGAACUCAUUUAUCUUUUGCCCAAUAAAAACUUUAAACAACGAUCUUAUGCCAGUCUCUUCAGAGAACUGGAAGAAACACUGGAUGACCUGGGACUCAGCAGUUUUGGAGUUUCAGACACACCACUUGAAGAGGUUUUCUUAAAGGUCACAGCAGAAGCUGACCCUGAAAUGCAAAAAACAGGAGAUACUCAAGAAAAUGGUUCUGCUCUUGACAAAGCUCCUACUGAGAACAAACCAGCUGAACAAACGGCCCUGAAAACGAAUGACACUUCUCGAAUGCCAGUAGGCAGACCAGGAGAUCAAAAUGAAGGCAAGGGGUCCCGACAGUAUAAAGGCUUUCAGCUUGUACAUCAGCAGAUCAAAGCACUGCUCAUCAAACGCUUCCACCACGCCUCCCGCAGCCACAAGGACUUCCUAGCACAGGUUGUUCUCCCUGCUAGUUUUGUGUUGCUGUCUCUAGUACUUACAGUCAUUAUUCCUCCAUUUGGAGAAUAUCCUGCCUUAACAUUACACCCUUGGAUCUAUGGACAGCAGUUUACUUUCUUCAGCAAUGAACGUCCUGGUAAUGAGCAGAUGGUCUCCCUUACUCAUGCUUUCUUGAAUAAACCAGGAUUUGGAAUUCGCUGUAUGAAGAAUCAGCCUCUUUCGAACUAUCCAUGCAAUAACAUGCCAACUGCCUGGAGCACACCUGCUGUCCACCCUAACCUAAGCCGCCUCCUGCUGAGCCAAGAGUGGAGCCCAGAAAAUCCAUCACCUUCCUGCAAGUGCAGCACUCACAAGAAACUCACUAUGCUGCCAGAAUGCCCUGCAGGUGCAGGAGGCCUCCCACCACCACAGAGAGUGCAACGCAGCACAGAAAUUCUUCAAGAUAUGACCCACAGAAAUAUUUCAGAUUUUCUGGUGAAAACGUAUCCCACUUUGAUAAAAGGAAGCUUGAAGAGUAAAUACUGGGUCAAUGAGCAGAGAUAUGGAGGAAUCUCUAUAGGAGGAAGGCUUCCAGUCCUUCAUGUUUCUGGAGAUCAAAUUGUCAAUUUUUUAAGUGAUCUUGGCCGAAUGAUGAAUGUGACAGGAGGACAAACUUCACUGGCUGCUGCUAAAGAAAUCCCUAAUUUCCUUAAAUACAUGGAAACUGAAGAUAAUAUUAAGGUGUGGUUUAACAAUAAAGGCUGGCAUGCUAUGGUUAGUUUCCUCAAUGUAGCCAAUAAUGCAAUCCUCAGAGCUAAUCUGAGGACUGGCCAAGACCCUGAGGAACAUGGGAUCACUGCUAUAAACCAUCCUCUGAACCUCACCAAGGAGCAGCUCUCUGAAGUCACUGUACUGACCACUUCAGUGGAUGCUGUUGUUGCCAUCUGUGUGAUUUUUGCCAUGUCCUUUAUACCAGCCAGUUUUGUUUUGUACCUGAUCCAAGAACGUGUAACAAAAGCCAAACAUCUCCAGUUUGUCAGUGGUGUGAGCCCUGUUACCUAUUGGCUAACUAACUUCAUGUGGGACAUAGUGAACUAUGCACUGAGUGCAGGGAUGGUUGUGGCUAUAUUUGCUGGAUUCAAGAAGAAAGCAUACACCUCCCCGACCAAUCUCCCUGUGCUUGUUGCCUUGCUGCUCCUCUAUGGAUGGGCAGUAAUUCCCAUGAUGUACCCUGCUUCUUCUUUCUUCAGUAUCCCCAGCACUGCUUAUGUUGCAUUGUCUUGUAUUAAUCUCUUUGUGGGAAUCAACAGCAGUGCCAUUACAUUCAUCCUGGAAUUAUUUGAAAAUAAUCCAUCUUUGCUGAAGUUUAAUAGAACAUUGAAAAAUGUACUGCUUUUCCUCCCACAUUUUUGUUUGGGCCGUGGACUCAUCGACUUGGCCAUGAACCAAGCUGUGACUGAAGUAUAUGCGAGGUUUGGUGAGGAGCAUGUUUCUGAUCCCUUUCAGUGGGACUUUGUUGGAAAGAACUUGGUUGCCAUGGCUCUUCAAGGAGUUCUGUUCUUCUUUCUGAAUCUCUUUAUGCAGCGCUGUUUGUUCUCCACAAGAUGGUUUGCUGAGACUGCCAUGGAACCUAUCAUUAAUGAAGAUGAGGAUGUUGCAGAAGAAAGAAAAAGAAUUAUGAAUGGAGGAAACAAAACAGAUAUCUUACAAUUACAAGAAUUGACCAAGAUUUAUGCAGGUCGACGUAAGCCUGCAGUGGACAGACUCUGUGUUGGCAUCCGUCCCGGAGAGUGCUUUGGCCUUUUGGGAGUGAAUGGUGCUGGCAAAACAACAACAUUCAAAAUGCUGACUGGAGAUACUGAUGUGACAUCUGGAGAUGCUGUAGUGGCUGGCAGUAGUAUACUGACCCACAUUUCUGAUGUCCAUCAAAACAUGGGAUACUGCCCUCAGUUUGAUGCCAUUGAUGACCUGCUCACAGGACGAGAACACCUGUAUUUAUAUGCACGCUUGCGGGGGGUUCCAGCAGAAGAAAUCAAGAGGGUUGCUGAAUGGGGCAUCCAGAAGCUGGGACUUCCUAUGUACGCAGACCACCUGGCAGGGACCUACAGUGGUGGCAAUAAGCGCAAGCUCUCCACUGCCAUUGCCCUGAUAGGCUGCCCACCACUCGUCUUGCUAGAUGAACCCACUACUGGGAUGGACCCUCAGUCCCGGCGCCUCCUGUGGGACUCUAUUGUUGGCGUGCUCAGAGAUGGGCGAGCGGUGGUUCUAACCUCACACAGUAUGGAAGAAUGUGAAGCCCUCUGUACUCGUUUAGCCAUCAUGGUACAAGGUACCUUCAAAUGCCUAGGCACAAUUCAGGAGCUAAAAUACAAGUUUGGAGAUGGCUACAUUGUCACUCUGAAAAUCAAAGCUCCAAAGUCUGGGCUGCCUCCAGAUCCUGCUCCUGCUGAGAAAUUCAUACGCAUCAACUUCCCAGGGAGUUUCCAGAGAGAGAAACACUACAACAUGCUGCAGUAUCAGAUUUGCUCUUCCUCUUUGGCAAAGAUUUUCCGAUUAAUAAUCUCCAAUAAGGAAAAUUUGCACAUUGAAGAAUAUUCUGUGUCUCAAACAACAUUAGAUCAGGUUUUUGUGAACUUUGCUAAACAGCAGAUGGAGGAUGAGGAAAUUCCUUUGCAUCCGCGUGCAGCUGGAGCCAGCCGAGAAGCCAGGGUGUCCCCAGCUCUCCAUCAGCAGACAGUUGCAUAGAUUGUUCCUGCAGCCUCCAGGCUUAGUGUGUGCACAGUGCAUGUGCCAUACCAGAGCAGAGCAAGGGUAAAACAAAGGUUUGCACACUCAGUAUUACACUGAUUUUUUUGCACCUUUCUGAGCACUGUGCUCUCAACAACAGCCCUAGCAACAGCCAACUUCUACUGCUCUACCAGUAACACUACAUGCUGAGAGUGUCAAAGGAAAGGCAGGUCCUUGCUAUAGAAUAAAAUCUUCCUCUAACAUAAAGUCCAUUAUAAGAUACAAGAGAAAUCUCAUUCCUCCUUGUUGACAUACAAAUAACAUCAAAGAUGGAUUCUCUAGCUGGUACUUUCAGGCUGGCAGGUUUUUCUUCUUUAACCCUUAUGUCAACUGCUGCAAGUCAGCAGAGAGAUCCCAAGGCUGAGGGCAUUGCCCAGCUUAGAAGCAGAUUCCUGCUGUGUUGAGUGCAUGGGACUAUCAAGGUCAGAACAGUGCUGGCUGAUGGGGCUAGUCCUGGGAGAUUGCUUCACUGUCUCACCAGGCUGCCAGUGAAAACAGACGGUUGUCUCAGCGAGAAUGAAAAGAAUUAAUUCAGAGCUCAGACGCAGACAAGAAACUUGCUCUUAAAAAAAAUUAAUUAAAAUGAUCUCAUACUCAUCUUCAAGUUGCCUCAAAGAGAGGCCAAAUGUCAAAAUGGAGAUUAAAAAAAAGAGAGUAUGACCAAAUCUGCCAAAAGUUUUGUUUUCUUGCAGAGACAUAGAAAGGUCUCUUUGUUACUAAAAAGGACCAAUUUUUUCUUCUUUCCUGUGACUGGACAUUAAGUGGGUGUAAAGUGUGAAUAGGGUAUGUGCUUUCUACCUCCUCAGAAGGAAAACUUCAACCUGCUUGUACUCCACACUGCACUUAGUGGGAAAUCAUCUGACAUUCAGUUCUUUUUUUCUGAUUCACAGUUUAACUAGUGGAACAACAAUACUGAAAACAAAUUCAUAAUGAUGUUUUGCUUCAGUUAUCUAUCAGAUCUAAUAAUUUCUAAGAAAUCUUCUCUAUGUUAUACAGAAUUAAAAUCUGGGUCAUGUAUUUUUGCUUUGAAAGAUAUUUUUCUUCAAUUGAUGUAGAUUUUUUUUUUAUAAGGACACUCUUGCUUUUUACUGUACAAAAUAUUAUGAAACUUCAGCAACCAGCUGUAGCCUUCUAUUUUUGCCAUAAUUAUUUCAAAUGAUUUUAAAAUAGAUUUUAUUGCAUAUUUCACCCUUACAAAUAGUUGCAAAAAUCUUUCUAUACAUCUAUUAUAGAUAAAUAAAUAAAUUAUGAAACAAAACAGUAUCUAUGCAUUCUCUUCAUAUUCUAAAAUAGCUUCUUUAAAAUGUCAUUCAGAUAGAUUUCAACAGCCUUUUUAAACUAGAUUUACACAAAACCCAACUAAGUCCCACAAAACAUCCUGUGACAAAGAAAACAUAGGAAGUCUAAAAUGAAGCUGAUUUUUCUCCCUGGCUCCAAAAAUAGGAAGAGCGUUCCGAGGACUAGCAGUCACUUCAUGUAUUAACAAAGUGUAUUAAAAACUACUGAAAGAAGCCUGAUGUAAAAUGCUGGGUUAAAGGUCAAUUAGUAUCAUAAGGAGAUGUUCUAUCAAAACAGGCCAGAUACCAAAGAUAUGGCAUAGGUUAGAUUGCUUCUGAAUCUUAUUUACUAGUAUGCAACUACUAAUGAGAAGACCAAAAGCAAACAAAAAACCCCAGCACAGGAUAUUACAUUCACAAAUACUGCAAAUAUUUCUUACUUAAGAUUCUUUUGGCAAAUUAGGUAUUAGACCCAAAUCAGGUUUUUGAGAUAUGGCCUAUUUCUUUAUUCCAGGAACCAUUCAUAUUCUUUGGUAAUGUUAUCUGUUACAAAGCACCUGCCUCCAGGCAGCACACUCUCUUCAAGUCAAAGAAGGCAGAUCAUGCAACUGUCCUGAGGCCAGCUGGCCAUGCUGGCUGAACUGAGCUCUGCAGUUAGCUGGUGUGUCUCGUUCCAGUGUACUUCUGUCUUGCAGAAUGCCACUGCUAAAUUUGGAGCUGCUUUUCAGCACAGACUUCUCAGGAUCUCUGAUCCAUCAAUCUAAACAGACUAGUACAGAAAAAUCUAAGUCAGGUUACAGUGAACUGCAGGGACUUUUUUUUGCAGCUGUGCAACGAAGCCUUAUCUUUUAAGGUGCUUCUGAGUUGAGAAUUCUUGAAUGUAAGGAAGUGUAGCUUUCAAGUGCAUACAAUUUCCUUUAGCAGUGGAGAUUCAACAUGCGCCAAAAUCCUUUUAAUUAAUUUAUUUAUUUGGCAGGAUAUUUAUGAGGUUUUCUUCUUGAGGUUCUGUGCAAUAUUCAAAUUGAGCCUUCUUUUCUUACAACAAAAAGGGAAUAAUUGGCAUUCUAUGACUUGGAUAGUCCUUGAAUUCUCUUAAGUAGGUGCAGUGUUUAUCCUUUGCCCAGACUGUCAUCUGAAUGAAGCAAAGCAAGGUGAACAGUCCCACUAGAAGGAAGGGGAAAAAAAAGAUACAUUCAUUAUCAGAUUAAAAACAUGCUCUUGCUGCUGACAUCACUUCAGUUUGAAGUACCAAAGCAUUACUCACCUGGAACACACUGAGUCAUGAUAGUGAAACUGAUCCAGGUCCCCACCUGUUUUGGCCAAGGAAAUUUAAAAUAUUUCUGGUGACAGCAUUUGCAUUUAUGUCUCUAUUGAUCAAAAUAACCUUGUCCUAGUAUAGGUAAAUAAAAAAAUCAAGGUCAGCCAGAUCAAUUUCUACUGUUAAUGACCUUUAGUCAAAAAGGUGAACAGUGCCUUAUUAUCACAAACAAAACCUUCAUAUUUGCUUCCACAGCUAUUACAAUGACAAACUUUAAAGCAUUAAAACAGUGUCCUUCCUGUUUCUCUGCCUAAUUUGUAUUCAUCAGACCUCCAUCACUAUUAGCAAUGGUAACUUUCUAUAGCCCAAGGCCCAAUGCUGUUCUCAUGAACAUGUGUUGAUCUCCACUGGAUUUCAAACCUGACACUGUCCUUCUGUGCAAGAAUGAAUGUUACACUGAGUUGCACUGACUUUAUCUGCUUUUGAACUCAGUCAGGAGUUAGGUCCUUAUUACGGAAUAUGAAAUUAUAAACUGAUUAAAGUUUCUAAAGCAGUCACCACCAACACAAGUGAUUGCGUAACUUAAAACAGGGAAGAAGACUUUGGCUCACUUUCUCUAUCACAGUAUCUUUCAUUUGUCUGAUCACCAUCUUCCUGCCUGCAAUGAUAUUUCUAGGCUCUUACAUUAUAAACCCACCAGACACCUCCAUCCCCUCAUUGCAGCACAUGUUCAGUGACAAUCUCCCUGUUCCUGGCUGCAGAAUUUGCCCUGCUUUACAGUGUAUGUCUUGUCUAGCAGCCACACGGAAGCACUGGCCCAGGGUCAGGGCUGUCUGUGUAAGGUUAGUCACAUCACUACUGACCCAAGGGAGGGGAGGAAGAGCAGACAAAUUCUUGUCCACAACCUGAUUUCAUGGGGUUUAGGGAAUGAGGGGAAAUGUACUGAGCUGAACAGUUUCAGAGGUUUCUUCCAUGUAAAACAUUCUAAAAGAAACAAAAAUAUAUUCAGUGAAACUAAAAUCUGAACAUCUUGUUUGAAAAUACAUACCUCAUAUGUAUAGUUAGGGCAAGAUACAAAGAAAAACAGCCAUGUGAAAGGAUUCUUUGUUGGAUAUGGGAUCUUACAGGUUUUGGAUCCUAUAGAUUAGAAAACAAAUCACAAAAUAUUCACACUCCUAAAUAUAUUGUUUCCUGUAAAGAAACCCAGCUCUGCCUACUUCUGUGUCUCAUGACUGUCAGAGGGACAAAGAGGAUGUGGGAAGACAGGAUGUCCUCUGGACUCACAAGAGGAGUGGGAUACCUGUGAGGGAACUUUCCCUUGCUCACCAAAACAUAGCCUGUAGCAGCAGUGUUUCCUUUUGCACUGGCAAUAUAACCAAUGUAACUGCUCCCAACACAACCCAGCCCAAAACAAUAAAGAUUACAGUAAGAUAAGUGUUGUUCAACAGUCUGAUGUCAGAGUCCUUGCACUGUCUGAUUUCCCUUAGAAUCCAAUCUUUACAGUGCUGAGCAGCCUGCGUUCCCACAGCAGUCAGCUGACAGAUAUCAUCACCCCCCAGGAUCAGGUCUUUCCUGAAGCAGAGCAACUGAAGGAAGUACUGAACGGCUGCGCAAAACUGAAAAAUGAUGAUGCAGUUUUUACCAUUUCUCCGGAGGUCACUGAGUGCAACAUGAAUGGAAAAAUUUCCAGCUUCACACAGCUGCAAGAAAAACUUCCUUCACUGGAUUUAAAGAAUGCUGCUCCAAUCAAUUAGGAAGAGAGUGUAUUGAAAUGACCCAUUUAUAUGAUUAUGGACAGUCUCCAGUGUCUGCAAUGCAUAACUAUUAGCAAAUGACUAGUGGUCAGAGUUCCUGAGUUUUAUUCCCAGCUCUGUGCUUUCAGUUAUGGACUUUCUCUAUAAAAUGUGAGUAGAUUAUGACCUCACAGAAUUUUCAUCCAGAGAAGCUGCUUUGGGAUUCUGCAGUCACUGAUGAUUAAUUUGUCAAAGCAAGCGAGUAGCUGAUGUUCUAAACAAGUUACACAUGCAUAGGAAAAUUCUUUAUAUGGAGAGUCUUUUAGGCCAUUAUUUGCUGCAAGGCAAAUUGAUGACAAUGGAUCAGGACAAUCCUUCAACUUGCUGAUAAUACAACAAGAAAUGGCAGUACUAAGUGUGGUAGGUGGGAGCAGGAAGCACAAAAAUUUCUAGGAAGGAUUCUUUUGGAGGGCCACUGCUCCACUACAGACCCUCCUUUCCUGAAAGCUCUCACCUGAAGGAGCAGAGCCACUGGACAGCUGUAAGGAGUUAGCCACAAGGUAGAGCUUCAGCUGCUACAAGUAUCACUGCCAUAGUGCCAAUUACCAGGAACUGCCUAAAUCCCAGAUGUUAAAAUUCCCAGAUGCUUUUUCAGUUGAUAAUUUCUUGUCUUCCUUAGAACACCCAGGGAACAGAGUCUGCACCCCAAGAGCUGUCCUGUGCCACAGCAACGCUGGUGACAUCAGGGAGUGCUCCUGUGGAGAAGAAAAUGCUGAAUAACUGAGCUGCUUUGCACUGGAUCAAACAAAGAUGGAUGCCAGAUUUUAGAUUCCACUCCAGUCCAUAGCAAAUUGUGCAGCAAGGGAGUGAAAGCAAGUUUACCCGAUGUCUCGGGGAUGAUUGGACUGACAACAGAACUCUGCUGAGAUCCCUUCUCCUCCUCUGAUGUGUUCCUGCCACUGCUGAGGAUUACAUGCGUGGCAUGAAGCAGUACAGAGCUGACACUGCUUUUCCUCCACCCAGUCUUCAUUACGUGAUAUCUUUUCUUUAAGAGCUAAGGUAAUUAAAUAUCAACAAAAUCUACCAGGCUACAAAGGAACAUUGCUUUUCCACUGCCAUAAAUUUCCAUUAGACAGAAAGAUUUGUGCUAUGUACCGUUUGAAAACCUUCUGCUAUCUCCAAGUUUAACCUUCUUGCACAGAUCUAGAACCAUCAAAGCUACUGAAAUAUCAAAUAAUAAAUUUCACCAAAAUAAAAGGCCUCUAAUGGAAAGUCAGCUGAUCAGAAGCCCUAACACGACAUUAUUCAUUAUUAGUGUAAAAUAUGGGCAAAUACAAAAACAUACACUGCUUCACAAGCUAAUCCUGAGACUGGAGAAUAGAAUUAACUUUUGGACCAAAUUAGACAUUCUGGAUUAUUAUGCUAAAGAAAAAUAGAUCCAAAAUUAUUGCUUCUCCAAAUAGGCUGGCAUUUCUUUCAGUACAUUUCAUUUCCACAUGCUCUGUAGCCAUAUAGAAUCAUGAAAACAUUUCCCAACAUGAAAAAUUAAUCAGAUCACAAAUAUAAAGGACAUUUAAACUAACCUUCUGUACCAGAAAGCGAUCAGGCAGUGCUUCAGA